UGUGAUCACUGAUUGGCCAAUCAGUGAUCACAUGAAUAGUAGUAAGCAAGAUGUCACUUCUGACAUCAUUGCUUACUACAUGUGAAAUCUGUGAAUGAUCACAGAGGUCACAUGAUACAAGGCUAUUCACAACAGCCUUGUACCAUGUUACAAACUGUGACCAAUCACAGCUCUCACAGUAUUUCUCAAUGGCUGCAAGAAUGCAGUCAAAGAGAAGGAGAAAUGAUUGCUUUUACAGCCUUUGUGGGUGUAAAAGCAGUGUAAAAAAA